CAAAACAAAAUAAGUAGGUUAUGAAUAAAAGAUAGAAACUUCUGUUUAAUAACUUUUAUUUUAGAAUAGGAAAAGUGUGAAAUAAUUGUUCUCAAAUGAUGAAUAGACGAUCAACAUUUCUGCUCGCUGUGAUUGUAGUAAUGGUUUAUUUUUCGUUAAUUAUUUUUAUGUUACGCCCCUUACAUGGCGGUAGGAGUUAUUAUGGUAGCAAUAUGGGCUACAGUCAUUUGGGUUUACGUGAGAUACCGAGGGUAAACUGGUGUAAAGACUUGAGAUUGCGGCAUCCACCCUCCUCCCACGUAGUAGCCCUUGUGUCAUAUCCAGGGAGUGGAAACACUUGGCUCCGGUACCUUCUACAGCAGGUUACAGGGAUAAUGACUGGAUCUAUUUAUAUGGAUUAUGGUCUCCGCAUGCAUGGUUUUCCAGCUGAAAAUGUGACAGAUGGCUCAGUACUUGUUGUCAAAACUCAUGAAGCCCCUCCAUUGGAACCUGAUAAGUUCAAAUCUGCUAUUCUUCUUAUCAGAAACCCUAGAGAUGCUAUUUUGGCAGACUUCAAUAGACUACAUAAAGGCCACAUUGGCACCGCUCCAAAAUCUGCCUUCAAACGAAAGUCACAUGAGCAGAAAAAAUCUGAAUGGUCGACGUAUGUGUUCAGCCAGUUAUCAGUGUGGGAGUCGUUGCACCACCAGUGGCUCUCCAAGUUCCUGGGACCCAUACACGUGGUGUUCUAUGAACUGCUCGUUCGCGACACUAGAAACACGCUGCUAGGGAUUCUGAGUUUCCUGAACCAUACUGUCUCUGAGGAGGACAUGAGUUGCGCGGUGGCCAACCGGGAAGGCAUUUAUAAGCGUAAAAAGAAAUAUAAAAACUUUGAACCGUUCUCGCCCGAAAUGUACACGGUUAUUAACAAAGUACGAUAUAGAAUACUACAACUGAUUACAGAAUAUAAAAACAAACAUAAAAAUUACACUUCACACUACCGACGAAUACCUUAGUUAUUUAGUUAUGUUAAUGUGUAUAGGUUGUGAAGUGCUCUACGUAAGAUAAUAUCUUGUUCGGAAGAGUUAUUUUUUAAAUGUUACAUUGUUGUACCUUACCUAGUCUAUUAUUAUUAACGGGUCUAGAAAUACUGCAAUUUUUUUGCUGGGAUUUUUUUAAAACUAAAAAUGAUAACUUAGUUUGAGCCCUGCCAUGAAAUCUUUAGAUUCUUGUCCAUUAUGCGUUCCUUUAGUACUCGAUUAUGUUAUGAAAAUUUGUGCAGUUGUUGUGAGUACUUGCGGGAAGAUUUUUGACAUAAUCAACGUACGCGUGCGUUUUAAAAAAAUGUCUCUUCUGAACCAAAUGGCUCACUUUUUACGUAAACAUAAAAAUAAGUAUUGUAAGAAUGUGCUGUUUGCCGAUCGACUUGUACUAUAAUAAUAAUAUGUUUCUAGUCACAAAAUAAAUGGAUACCUGUGAACAUUGGUGCUUAUUUGGUUGUACGCAAUUCCUAAAUAAUAGUAAAUUUCUUAAGAAAUCUUGGUAGUGUGUUUGCUUGUAAGUGGUCAAUUCAUUUACCAAGCAAUAUUUUUUUAGAAUAAGUGUUAUUUUUGUAUUAGUGUAAGUGACCGUAAAUGAACCAAAUAAAAUAAAAGUGACAGUCUAAAUGUAGUGCUAUCCCGUGCACAUUUCGUAAAAGGAUAAAUUACUCUAAGAGCUGUCAUUUUAUAGUUUGUAUACAACCAAAUAGACACCAUUAUAUGUACAUGUACAGUUAUAUUGUAUAUGUAAUGAAAUAUACUAUACUGUACUGUACAUAUUUUAUUGAAAAUAUAUUUCAAAGUACUUGAGUUGCAACAUUUAAAGAACUUCUGUUCAAGUUCUGCUUCAAAUUUAUUCUUUACGAUUUAUUUGAACGAAAAUAUUAAAACCGAAUUUACCUACUACUCGAAGUUACUAUACAAUGUCCUAGGUCGUAAACAUAAUUUUAAUCGCUAUUUGUUGAACAAACUUAGAAAUGAAUGCAUGGUAAAAAUGAAUUGUUUGGUGUGGUGUCUAAAGCCUGCAGCAUCCGGAUUGAAAAUUUGGCACCUGGAGGUCUAUGAUAUUAUACUCACAACAUCAACUCACCAUAGACAGUUCUGGAAUCCCCAAAGCUUAGUGCUAUAUCCUCAGAACUGAGGAGUUAAAGCGUAAAGUUCAGUGAAUCCCCACAACGGGCAGUACCCCUUUAGUAUCAGAUUUGAAGAAUUGGAACCGGAAUUUUUAACGGAACCAUCUCGAAAACUUCCUCGUAUCGAGUAAUAAAAUCACGCAAUUCAGUCCAGAAAUCUCAGAAAAAAAACUUAAGUUGAGACUCUUCGCCUUUUUGGAAGUCAGUUAAAAAUCCAGGAGAACUCUAUGAUUUUCUGUAAUAAAAAGUAUGAUAUGUUCCUCUAUAAGAUGCAAGCUAUCUUUGUACCAAAUAUCUUCAAGAUGUGUUCAGCAGUUGCGCCAUGAAAAAGGUUGCAAACAGGCAAACAGAGUUUCUUUUGUAUUUUUAACAUUAAUGGGGGUGUACCUAAAUACCUGCCUGAUUUCAUACCUAUUAUUCAAAUUAUUAUUUUAUAGUCUUCUAAGAUUUAUCAUUAACUCUAAAACAUGCCUAUUUUAUACUGUGAUUAUAGCAUUAAAAUAUGAACUAAUUUUAUUUAUGUACAAUUCUUUUAUUUUUUGUAAGGCUAUGUUCAGAAAGGACGCGUGAAUCCUGCAAUUUCAAUAUGAACACGAGUUGUACGAUUGCGCAUUUACAAAAAAAGACCUCAGCUGGGCUUGUGUUUUUAAUACUAAGGUUGAAAUCUAUAGAGCGCAUUUAGACUUUACUUCGACUUGAGUUUCAGUUAAAACGAGACAGAUUUAUGCCAGCGGUAUAACGCUGUCUCGUUCUAACAGUGUCUUAAGUCUGAGCAAAGUCAAAGUGUGCUCUAUAGAUCUCAGCCUUAGUCUAUGAUCUGCACAAAUCGCCAUGUCACAACUUCAGAUUUGAUUACUUAUGCACUAUAGGUAGGCACAUAAUAUUAACAAGGCGAGAGGUUUCACCCUUUCUGGACAUAGACUUAAGGUUUGUGCUAUGUGCGAAUUAUUUAAAAAAAAUUAUUAUGUGUAAGCCAUGAACUUAUUUAUUUAUUACUUCUUUAAGUACUUAUCUCACAAAAUAUCAUU